AGACAAACAGACAUUGAAUUUAAUUCACUUGACAAACAGACAUUGAAUUUGAUUCACUUGACAGACAAGAGUUCAACAGAACACCCACGAUUAUCAUCGAGAUGAAGAAGAACAUAAAGAAAGGCAAGAACAGGAAGACCGCCGUCCCUGUCCUGCAGGUGUGGACUGAGGAAGCAGAUGCCCUCAGAACGCACAUGAAGCCUGCGGACCUAGAGGACGAGGAGGAUGCCAUCAUCCCAGUCUGGCAGUUGGGAGUGAAGGUAGUCCACCAGGUGGACACUGAAGACUUUCCUGCACUGCAGAAGGAGCCAGUAAAAAGGCAAUCUCUGCAGGAGCCGAAAGAAGAAAGUGUAGGUUCCAGCCAGGUUCAGGUUCAGAUCCCUGAGCCUGAAUUCCAAACUGAACAACCUAAGGAAGCCCUUGAAAUGAAAAAGGAGGAGCCAAGAGAGACAGACGAACAUCCAGCCCAGCAAACAGAGGUCAUCAGACUGCAGGCUGAGCUGUCUCGCAUAUACAUGGUCCUGCAGAAUCAGUCACUACUGUGGGGAAAUGACAGAGCCAUUCUCCUUAGAGAAAACGCCACACUGUGUGAUGCACUGUACCACGCAAACAUGGCAGUAGAGAUGAUGAAGCGUCAGUCCACAGAGGACCAGUCCCGUCUCCAGACAGAGGCGAUCACUAACACCUGUGCCAAUCAGGCAACCAACAAGGACCACCAGAGGGAGGAGAAAGACUCAUGUCUCCUUGCCGAGACUCUGAAGGAGAACGCCACCAUGAAAGCUGCACUGAGCCAGGCCAAGAAAGAACUAGAGAACAAAAGCCGAGAGUGGGAAGAGGAAAGAUCCUUUCUGCUGUUGGUGAAUGAGGAAUCCAUCAAGUUACAGGAUGCUCUGCACCAGGCCCAGGAAGAACUGAGGGAAAAGCAGCAGCUCUGGAAGGAAGACAAGUCACGCCUCUUAAAAGAGCAAAAGGAGACAACAUCCAAGCUGGAGGCUGACCUGCGUCAAGCCCAGAUAAAGACCCAGUGUUCCCUUGACUCAGAGGAGAGGACCAAGCUCCUGUUCAGAGAUAUGGCACAAAAGGCAAAGCUAAAUGAAGAACAGUGGGAGGAGGACAGGUCCCGUCUCCUGGCAGAACGUGAGGAGGAGACAAUCAUGAUGCAGCAGGCAAAAAUGGACCUGCAUAAUCAAAAGUGUGAGUGGGAGAAGGAGAGAGCACAGCUCCUCGAAGAGCAGAAAGAAGCUCUAAAGAUAAAGACCGCCCUGAACAAGGCCCAAGAGGAGCUGAAACAACAAAAGCUGCAGUGGGAGCAGGAGAAGACCUCUUUCCGGGAGACUUUAACCGCCAUCAACGAGUCUCUGCAGGAUGAAGAGAAAGACAGAACCAACACUGAAAACAGCUUAAUGGACAGACUGAAGAACCUAGAGACUCAGGUCGAGGAGGCGAGGAAACCACCAAAGAUGUCUUUCAAGAAAAAGUUCAGGAACUUUUUUAAAAGAAAUGCAGGGACUCCCUCUCCAAACCCACCACCAUGACACCAAUAACAAUACAUGCAACAACAAAAAUAACAACAAUUAAAACUGAAUAAAUAAAAACUCAAAAAUUUUUUUAAA